CGGUCUUUUUCGAUUUACAUACAACUGUUUUAUAGGAGAUUGUCCUAGUGUAAUGUAGGAGGUCGUUCUGGAAGGAACAUACAUAAUAGAGGCUGUUAACCUUAUAUCAACUCUCCAACAUGCUAAAACUUGUGACGCUCGGAGCCCUGAUACUGGCGGUGUCUGCGGGGGCACCCAAGUGUUGUGGACCUGAUCAAGUCAUUGCAGGAGUGGGUGCCACGAGCGGCUUGGAACUUGGUGGACAGCCCGCUGCCUAUGUCACCUACGCCUACGGAGCUUUCGAUUUCCGCAAUGGAGACUAUGGCUACUAUCUGAACUUAGACUCUGGUCAGUCCUCGCAGUCAAUGCGUAUUAUCCAGAAUUAUACCGAGCAAGUACAAUGGGUGAUACAGUACGAGGGUAAGACGGAGAAGUGCACGAAGCAGCCGAUCACGCAGCCGGCACCAAACAAUUGCAUUCCGGAUGAUGCCGAGUUUAAAACACAGAUGACGUUCGGAGGCAAGAAUGGCCUUGUAGCGGAUUCUUACUCUUACGGAAUCCACUAUCCCCAUGUGCCUCAAGACGCCAGGGCGUAUGCCACCGUCGUCCACGAGAACUGCUAUCCACUCACAGUCGCACUCAUUGGGGAGGUGUUUGUCCCUGAUAUUAAUUCAACACUUCCGUUUAUAAGCACAUCGGGUGUGGUAAACAUGACCGUUGGUAUCCCUAACCCAGAUGCUUGGUUUACACUCCCGGACUCAUGCCGCAGGGGCAACAGUGUAUCGCCACGCUUUUCUCGAGCUAUACCAGAUUUCGAUCUCAAGGCGUACCACCUGCCAACUUUCUUCUAAGAUACCAUACCAGUGGC